AUGGACACAUACACCUUUGCAACGUCGCGUCAGAUAGACUUCCCCGUGUGUAUACGAAUAAACAACCUAGAGGGCAAACAAACACAGGUUCCUCAAUCUGUCCUGCUCAAACACCCUGAAAUCCGCCACGUUGGAUCCGUUCAGAGUCCUACUUCAGAGCUGUAUGUGACGGCGCAACUAUGGGCAGAAUCGAAGCCGCUGGGGGUGUCCACACAGACUCCUCAUAUGUUCUUCAAGAACAGCCGCACGUGGAAUAAAUGGCUGGAACUGCCCGUACUAGUCAAGGACUGCCCUAUAUCGUCACAGGUUGCUAUUACAAUCUGGGACCUCUGCCCAUGCCCUACAGAUGGCAGUCUUGACCACGCAGUGCCAUUCGGAGGCACAACCAUUCCCCUUUUCGACAAUGACGGUGCACUGAGAAAAGGCCGCCAGAAAUGUCGCGUCCAUCGCCACAAAGCCGCUGACGGCCAGACACCGUCAAGCACACCACACAUCCCUCGCCCCAAACGGCGAAGGCGCAAUCGUGACCCGCCUCCGCCAAUCCCUGAAGAAGAAGAGCUUGAAAGGCUUGAACAGCUUUUCAAGAAGCAUGAAAUGAACGAAAUCCCUCAAAAUGACUGGCUGGACCAGCUGGUCUUCCAGUGCGUCGGCAAGAAGGCGCGAGAAGUGGAAGAAGCUGCGAGGAAGCGCUCCACUCUGCACAAGGCAUCAAAACGCAAAUCUGUUGCCACAUCGGCACCAAAUGGUACUCCCAACGGCGGCACCGGUUCCGAUGACGAAAGCGAGUCCGAAGGGGAGCUUGACGAUGACGAGCGUUUCACUCUUUACGUCGACUUCGCACGGUGGGAUUUCCCAGUCGUCUUUGAGGACCAUGAGUACCAGCCUCCGAAAAUGAUGAGGGAGUUCCAGUACACCUUAUCCUCGUCAGCAAUCGGCAAUAUCAAACCUCCCCCGGAAGUUAGGUACGGCCCGGGUAUUGCCGCCGGCAACUCGAUCGUCGACGACGAGGACUACCCUGUCAUCCAGAUCUUUGAUCCCGAACAAUUCCAAAAGGAGAAUCCUUGCGAGACAAAGCAUCGUAGGCUGGUACGAAGCGACAGGAAUGCGUACUCGGACGCUGAUCAGAAACCGAACGCCAAAUUGCGAGACGAGCUCAAUGAGAUCCUUUCGUAUGGACCGACACAAGAACUCAGCCCUCAAGAAAAGGAUGUUGUUUGGACAUUCCGGCGCUACCUCAGUCGUGACAAACGGGCGCUUACCAAGGUCGUUAAGGCUACCGACUGGACAAACCCAGGUGAGGUGAGACAACUGACAGAGCUGAUUCCAAAAUGGGCCAAAAUAGACGUCGACUCGGCUCUGGAGCUACUAGGCCCCACGUACGACAGUCCUGUGGUGCGUGCCUACGCGGUAGACCGACUUCGACAAGCCGACGAUGACGAGUUGCUUUUGUAUCUCCUCCAGCUUGUGCAGGCUUUGAAAUUUGAAAAAUAUGAAACCAAGCAAGAGGGUCUCCCUUCUUCCUCGUUGGCCAGGUUUCUCAUUGACCGGGCCAGUAACAACUUCAUUUUGGGAAAUUACCUGCAUUGGUUUUUGAUGGUCGAGUGCGACGACAAAGGCCCUGAUACCAAUGCUGCAAAUCGAAAGUUGUUUGCCAGAGUGGAGUAUCAUUUCAUGCUCGAGUUGGAAAAGCGUGACCCCGACCAGCGCAAGACAUUGCUACGACAAGCUGAAAUGAUUGCUAUUUUGUCAAGGAUUAGUAAAGAAAUCCGGUUCAGCAGGAGCAACCGCAUCUCGAAGAUUGAAUCUCUCAAGAAAUAUCUGGCAGACCCAAAGAACGAACUCGUCAAAAUUGAUCCGCCGAUCCCGCUACCACUGGAUCCGGAAGUCGAGGUCAGCGGAGUCUAUCCUGAGGAAGCCAAUGUAUUCAAGUCAUCAUUAUCACCGCUCCUUAUACACUUCAAGGUGGCCAGCUCGCCCAACAGCUCCGCGACAUCGACGCAGCCAAGGUCACAAUUCCAGGGGAGGUACCCUAUUAUAUUCAAGACAGGCGACGACCUCCGACAGGAUCAACUGGUGAUUCAGAUCAUCACCUUGAUGAACAACCUCCUGCUCAAAGAAAACCUUGACCUCAAACUCACCCCGUACCGCAUCCUUGCAACGUCGCCAUCAGCAGGUGCCGUCCAAUUCAUUCCCUCCACUCCCAUCUCCGCCAUAUCCACGAAAUACAGAGGUUCUGUACUCGCAUAUCUGCGCGCCAAUAACCCGGACAGCUCCGGGCCCUUGGGCGUUCGCAAGGAGACCAUGGAUACGUACAUCCGAUCGUGUGCUGGCUAUUGCGUUAUUACAUACAUUCUGGGUGUCGGCGAUCGUCAUCUGGACAACCUGCUGCUUCAACCCUCUGGGCAUUUCUUCCACAUCGACUUCGGCUUCAUUCUCGGGCGCGACCCAAAGCCGUUUGCCCCUCUAAUCAAACUGUGCAAGGAAAUGGUGGAAGGACUGGGUGGAACGACGUCUCCCCAGUACGCCCAAUUCAAGCAAUAUUGCUUUACCGCGUACACCACGCUACGAAAGUCCAGUUCUUUGGUACUGAAUUUGUUCAGCCUAAUGGUCCAAAGUUCGGUGCAGGAUAUCCGGCUGGUGGAGGAGCAAUUAGGUACAGUCGGCGGUGCUGUCGGUAAAGUGAGGGAACGGUUUCACCUGGAUGUGAGUGAAGAAGAGGCUGUCCGAAUGCUAGAUCAGGUGUUGGCUGACAGCGUCAACGCGGUCUUUGGCGUGGUGAUCGAUCGUCUACAUGAAUUUGUGCAGGGCUGGCGAGCCUAA